ACGGAGCCUCCGUGCCCGAUCUGUGGGCGGCAGUUGCGGGAGGCCUGCGCGGCACCGGGCCGUGCGGUGCUGUCGCAGAGCUCGGGAGCUGAUUCCAAACCACGUCUGUAAGCCACGUCUGUUGGGCUCUGAGGUUCUUCCACAGUGUGGUUUCUUGCUCUUAUUUCUGUUCUAAAUCUUCUCGUUCACCAAGCAGAAUAAUUUUGCUGCGCCCUUCAAGUUUCUUAUCGUGUCCAAAGCCCGUUUUUGGUAUAGAAGCAGGAGGUGCUGCCUCCUGCCACACCUCACCACUCAGAUAUCGAGCAUACGGCCAUUGGGGGACGGUAAUGCCUUGGGAGUAAUAACUGAGCAAUAGUGCGGAGCUGUGAUAGGGCAAACUGCAUGUUACGCUCAGUAGAGGGGAUCUGGAAUUCAGGCACUGUGGGCUCAGCACGGCCAUGCCCUGCCCCUCGCAUUCAGCAUCUGUGUCUGCGCGUGCUAGCCGUUCCCCCGGCCCUUUGUCUCUCUCUUCUUGACGAUAGUGCUGCUGUGGGGAAAAAUAGAGGGAAAGAACAACAGGAUAUUGUCUGCUUCUGGCCCCUGUGCCAACAGUGACAAAAUGUUGUUUUCUCUGCGUUUUCGGGAUUCUGGUUGGCUUUUAUUACUCACGGGUGCGCCCGAAUGCGUGAAGAUGUGUUUUUAAAUUCUUGCAGUUACUGUGGAAACCUUGAGUCCGUGGGAGGAAGGUGGUGCCCCGUGUCUGCAUGUGGACGUUCCUGCUCUGGAGGAUGACCCUCUGACCCGUGCAGAGGAAAAGUGGAGCUCAGCUGUCAAGCACAACAGGAAGGCGUGUGGUGCUGCGGUUUGCUGGGAUGACACCUGCAGAGCUGCCGCAGGCGUGGAAGUGAGCCACAGGCUGCAUGGUAGUGCCGAGGGAGCUGCGCUGCUGCACAAAUCUCCUGCCAAACCACAGUGCUGUUCUGGCUCCCAUUCCCUUUUCUGACACCUGUAGUGAGUCUGAAGCACGCUGCAACACAGACUUCUGCAGCAAGUGCUGAAGUGAAGAGGGCAUGGAGAAGCACUGAAAAAAGCCCUUUUAGCCAUCAGGAUUGCAGGCCAGGGACACAAGCUGCAACUGCGCCGGGGCCACCAAGCCAGGAGCUGGCUGCAUACAGCACUUGAAGGAGGACAAGCAGGGCACAGGUGUAUCUGUCAGGUACUGUGUGUGAUCUUUACCUGUGGAUCUACAGAAGCGAUUCCUUCCUAAACUCACUUCAGAGAAAUAAUUUAAUAACAAGACCUUACCACCUACUGAAAAGAUACAAUGACUGAGUUCCUGGUUUGUUUUAACUGGUGCAAUGGUGAGCAGCCCCAGCCGAAGAGGCGUCAGCGAUUGGACCGGAACAUGAUAGGAGAACCAAUGAACUUUGUUCACAAUGCACAUGUGGGGAUAAGAGAGAUGAGUAGUGACUUUUCAUCAGCUGUAUCAAUUCAGGACCACAUGAAGUCUAAAGGUGGCUACACAAAUGGCACUUCUACAGCUGCUGAGUUAUAGGAAAUUGAAAGAAGGCUGACAUCUGCUCUGUCUUACAAAAGUCUUCUGGACUGUGCUUUCAGAUUCACUAAAACCUCUUUAUCAUGGAGUAUAGCGAGUACUUAAGUUAUAAUAGGUCAGUGCCAGCUUUUGCAUUCUUUGCACACUAGCUUCUGAAGGAGUUACUGGAAAUUAUCCUUAAAGUGUUCUGUGAUGGCAAUGCUUUAAUAGCAACUGUAGUUUGUCUCUGUGGAUGACUUCUUAGCUGUGUCCCAAAAACCUCAAAGUUGUCUUGUAGGAGGAGAUAGGAAGGCAGUUUAAAUUGUCUGGGGUUUUGGUUUGUUUUUCUCUUCAAGAAAUGCAGAGAUUGAUUUUAUUUGAAAGACAAGAUGUUUGCACUUCUUAUGUGGGAUAAAUUGAAUUUCUAGAUAGGAUGCAGGCUAGGUAGCCUGCAAUACAACUUCUGACCUAAUUUUUGGGUGGUUUAUAACCUGAGCCAUAAUUCUACUGAGCAGUAAUUUGGGGUUGUUUUUUUUUGUUUCUUUGUUUUAUUUCUCCAAGGCUUUUUAUGGUGAAAAAACUCUAGUUUAGUCUGCAAAAACCAGUGAAACUUCUGCCUUCUGUGAUAAAGCUUUUGUAAAAAUGCAAGUUUUGCAGACCAACCCACUCAGGAAAACAAGUAUUUCUCUCAGCUGCUCCCCUCCCAUAGUGUAACUGAUGGGUGUUGAUGCAACAAUGCUAAUAACAGUAUGCUCACAACUGCAUGUUAAUUUUGCACAACCCCUAUUGAAUUUUAAACAAAGCCUACUCUAAGAUCACUUUCCAUUAUAACCUACCUAUAGCAAUAGCUUUAUGGAUCUUGAAGAGGUAUCUCCAGAUUCUGCCUUCUUAAUUUCAACAUUUUUCCCUCAGAUGAAGUAUUUCUUAUACGUGGUUUUUACUUAAAGUAUGGUUUAAGUGACAGAGACAAGAGAAUAUUAAAUGGAAACUGCCUAUUACAGACUUCCAGCACUUCAUAAAUGCAGAUAUGUAGACAUACCCAAACUACAGUUUUUCACGUAGUUCUUAUUAAUCUUCCUUUUAAGUGAUAUGCUAAAACUACUGAAAUAGAGCUAGAUUUCUCUCUUAUCCAGUCACUGACCACUGCUCUCUGACAAAAUUAUGAGUGAGUAUUGGUGUAGAGACUGUGGAAAUUUGCUUGCUCUCAUAGGAUUAACUAAGUACAACUGUUUAAAUUUCUGCAAAAUCCUCACCAGUAAAACCAUAAGUUACUGGGACUCUUCCCUUCUUGCUCUAGGCAUAAGAUCAGUCAUCAACCUUUUUCAUUAAAAAUAAAGUAUUUGCCAGCUGGAUUUUCUUGCAAGGGAGAUUUUUAACCAGUAUGGCUUAUGAUACUUCUUAAAUCUGAAUGCUUGGCUUUGCUGAAGUUCUGCUCUGCAAAGCAUGUAAUACAGUGUAUUAGGGAAGUCAGAACAUGAAAGGUAGUUCUGUGUUUCUGUGUGUGUUCCCAAAAGAAACUUUUUCCCCAUGCUUCCUUCCCAUAUUUCAUCUUCAAGGACUAAAGAGGAAGAGAAUGAUACUUUCCUUAAUAGUCAACAGCUGAUGGUCACAUUUAACCACAUCAAAAAGAAUUUUAAUGUCCAUGUCUUGCUACAUCCUUACUUUUGAACUAGAAUACAUGUGAUAUUUUAAUACUAUUUAAAAUCACCUUGUUAACCAUAAAUGUUAACACUUUUUAAACACUUUCAUAUUUCUGACUUCUAUCCUCAGACUUAUUCCAACAGCCUAGUUAGGAUGCAGAGUUCAAAGAAGCAAAAUUCUAUAUACUGUUGAGAAAGCAUAAAGUGGUCAAGUUAUUUUUUAAAAUAAAUUCUAACUGAUCUGCUA